GCGAGCUCUACUUUCAGCCUGAGACCUUUGGAUCCUUGGCAACAUGACGCUUGAUAACAGUCGCGACAGACCGUUUUAAGGCCAUGCAAGUACGGAUUCCGCAGAUGACAGCUCAGUGACAGACUCUUAAUGUCACUCAACAGCACAUAUUUCAGCCCACCUGCAAAAACAGCCGACACACACUGCGAUAAAGUGCAGGGAUCGAGAAUGUCACAAGACUCACCUCAGAACGAAAGUGAGUGCGGGCCGGGCCGUCGCGUGAGCAGGGAGUGGUGGCUUCACGUGAGUCUGUUGUGCAUUCCUCUGCUCGCGGUGUAUCUGCACAUCCCUCCUCCACAGCUCUCACCUGCGCUCAACACCUGGCGCGCUUCCGGACACUUCUUCACAUUCAGAGGAAAUAACAUCUUUUACAAAGAGUCAGUUGGUGUUGUGGGAAGCUCUGAUGUCCUCCUGCUGCUUCAUGGUUUUCCUACUUCUAGCUAUGACUGGUAUAAGAUCUGGGAUUCUCUCACUCAACGCUUUAAUAGAGUCGUCGCCCUCGACUUCCUGGGCUUUGGUUUUUCGGACAAACCGCGACCACACCGUUACUCCAUCUUCGAGCAGGCCAGUGUGGUGGAGGCCCUGAUCGCUCAUUUGGGGCUUUCAGAGCAGAGGAUUAACCUCCUGUCACAUGACUAUGGAGACACUGUAGCUCUCGAGUUACUGUUCAGGAGUGACCAUAACAGGAGUGGACACGUCACCAUAAACAGCCUCUGCCUCUCAAAUGGAGGUAUAUUCCCUGAGACUCAUUAUCCAAGAUUCCUUCAGAAAGUGCUGAAGGACUCCGGCUUCAUUUCACCUGUACUCACUCGCCUAGUAAACUACCAGCUUUUCUCUAGAGGAAUAAGGGAUGUGUUUGGACCGUACACCCAGCCAACAGAAGCAGAGUUCUGGGACAUGUGGACAGGCAUUCGCUUUAACGAUGGAAAUCUAGUCAUGGACAGUGUCCUGCAGUACAUUAACCAGAGGAUGAAACACAGAGAGAGAUGGGUGGGGGCUCUAACCUCGUCUUCAACACCAUUGCACAUGAUUUAUGGACCCCUAGAUCCAGUUAAUCCACAUCCCCAGUUUAUCCUGCUCUACCAGAAACUAGUUCAAAGAUCCACAGUAUCGGUUCUAGAUGAGCAUGUGAGUCAUUAUCCACAGCUGGAGGAUCCCACAGGCUUCAUUAAUGCCUACCUUAGCUUUAUCAACUCAUUCUGAGCAAGAGAGUGAUGUGAUCAUUCUGAAAUGAGUGGAAUAUUGCUCCUAUGAAGAUGUUGUUAGAAAAUAUUCCAACACAUUUAUUAACAAACCGUAAAGUAUGCCAGUCACGUUUCUAAAUGCAUGAAACAAAGUAUUGCACCAAAUAAUCUUUACAAUUGUCAAUAAGAGUUUGCUGAAAUACAAUAUGCCAUUACUUGUAAAUACAUUUGUGUUCAAAGCAUAAAUGAUUUUAUUCAAAUAAAAAAGUCUUUGUAUGAA